AUGUCGCGAAUCAAUGGAGCGGAGGUAGCAAAGCACCAUAGCAAGAAUGAUUGCUGGAUUGUCCUGGAUUCGAAAGCAUACAAUAUUACCAACUUCUUAUCAGAACACCCAGGUGGCGCACCAAUUCUCAUGAAGAAUGCUGGUUCGGAUGCAACAGAAGAGUUCAAAAAAUAUCAUCCAUUGAGCUAUAUCGAUGACUUUCUGCCAAAGGACGCCCUGCUAGGGCCUGUUGACCCAGACACUUUUGGCCAGCUUCGUCAAAUCAAAAACACCGAUUCCAGAAAGCCGUCAGAGACCGAUCCCAACUCUAACGAAAUUCCCCAUGUCAGUCUUUGCGUUUCCACGACCGACUUUGAACCAGUGGCAAAAGCAGUCAUACCCCACAAGUCAUAUGUCUAUGCCUCUGGCUCCGCAAACACGGGUGCAUCGAUCAAAGCCAACAUUGAGGACUGGGGUCGCAUUAGUUUCCGUCCACGUGUAAUGCGCAAUGUCGGCGAGGUAGACACGCAUCGCAGGAUUUUUGGCCACAGCUCACCGUACCCAUUCUACGUCUGCCCCAUGGGGACAAUGGGCGCGAUCCACCCAGAUGCAGAACUAGAAAUGGUACGAGGAUCAGUCCGCAAAGGAAUCCACAUGCUUGUCAGUACAGCAAGUUCCAGGACGACCGAGCAAAUCAUGCAGAGUUAUGUCGAUGAACAAAAGCGGCUUGGCAAUGGAAGCCCGACACAACUGUUUUACCAAUACUACAUGCCUGUGGACAAGGGCAAAGCUCUCGAACUCCUUCGCAUUGUAAAGCGCUGCGGAUACAAGGGCCUAUGGAUAACAGUCGACGCACCCAUUCUCGGAAAGCGCACCGCAGAUCGCCGUCUUCAGGCCGAGGAAGCAGUCGCAGUCGGCCUUGCUGAUGAAGGUCCCGGAGAAUGGGAAGCUGGUGGUGACAAUGCUUUUGCUCCUGCCAUGGGCGGACGCCCAGUCCAAGGCCAAUUAACUCCGUACAUGACAUGGGACGACUUGGAGUGGAUCCGUAAGGAAUGGGAUGGACCCAUUGUACUCAAGGGCAUUCAAUGCGCAGAAGACGCAAAACUCGCAAUGGAAUACGGAUGCGAUGGUAUCUUGCUCAGCAACCAUGGCGGCAGACAAUUGCAUACUGCGCCUAGUGCACUCAUGACACUCCUGGAAAUCCGGACCUACUGUCCCGAAGUCCUCGGUAAACUAGAAGUCUUCCUCGAUGGCGGCCUGAGAGACGGAAACGAUGUGCUCAAAGCAUUGUGUCUGGGUGCUACUGCAGUCGGUGUUGGAAGGCCGUUCCUCUAUGCGCUUGGUGCCUAUGGCUCCAAGGGUGUUGAGCGAUGCGUUGAGAUACUCGCGGAUGAGCUCGAUACUGGAAUGCGCUUGCUGGGUAUCACGUCCUUGGAUCAGUGUAGACCUGAGAUGGUCAACGCGAGUCGCCUGUUGAAUGAGAUGUGGCGACCCGAGCAGUUGAAUUUGAAGAGCAAGAUAUAG